AUGCUAAAAGGCGCUGUGUUCUGCAACUAUCCAAUUAUUACCUAUGUCGUGGGAGCUGUGGGAUUAGGCUUUUGGUCGGCUUCUUGCGUCUACUGCAUGACGUUGGCUAUCAUCCAGAAUAUCGUGGUAUCGAUUUUCGCCAUCGUCGUCUACGUCUUCAUGUGCUGGAAAGCCUCCCGAAAAUGGGGAUGGUCAACGGGGCUGUCGAAGACGCAGCGAUUGCUCUACAUCCAAGCAUUUGUCAUCUGCUCCACCCACGUAAUCGCCUCCUGGGGUUACAUGUUGCUGAACAUCAUCCCGACAUUCCCCCUCGUCCUCAUCAUGGUCGGCCAUCACGCGUGGCAGUGGAGUCAUGGCGUCCCUGGCGUCGUCUAUCUUGCCCUAAACCGCUCCAUAAAGCAACAAGUGGCCGGCUGGUUUGGCUUGCACUUGGUGGGUGAUUUUACUGAU